AUGAGGCGCCUCAAAAGUAACCUCUGCUUCGUUCCCCCGUUGUCCGUGUUCCUACUGUUCCGUCAUUCUAUCUGUCACCAAUGUCCCUUGUAUAACCCAUUCCCAUCCGCUCGUCAGAUCAAGGGCUUCGCAACCCCAGCUGACGUGGACGCAUGGCUGCUGGCGAACCCGUACACGACGACCGGCGCGCUGCACUUCGCCUUCACGCCGUCCGGCGCGUUAGGCUACGGCAUUCAAACGAACGCCACCGUUAAGAGCCAGCGCGGGCAAUUCGAGGACGCGACGUUCGACUACCAGGUGCCGCUUCAGGCGGCGGCGGAGCGCGAGAUCGCGCGUUACAUCGCGCAGGACUGGACGCUGACGUGGACGCCGUCGUACGCGGAGUUCGCGCACCCGGCCAUCAGCGCGUUCUCCGCCGUCGGAUCCGCCGGCGCAACGUUCCUCUUCGCCGCGGCCAUGUUCAGCUUCGUCACGCAAGCGAGCAACCUCGUAACGGAGCGCGAGCUAAAACUCCGUCAGGCCAUGUCCACCAUGGGACUCAUGGACUCAGUCUUCUGGCUCACAUGGUUCCUAUGGGAGUUUCUCCUCGCAAUCAUAUCCUGUAUCCUCCUCGUGUGCUUCGGCAUGAUGUUUCAAUUCGAUUUCUUCCUACACAACGCAUUCCUCGUCCUCUUCCUCAUGUUCUUCCUCUUCUGGCUCUCCAUGACCUCCCUCGCCUUCUUCGUCUCCACCUUUCUCCGCAAGGCCUCCACAGCCAACACCGUCGGGUUCUUUAUCUUCAUUAUAGGCUUCGUGCUGCAGCUGAUCGUGCUGUUCGGGGUUCCGUACUCUAAGGAGUACAGCAACGGCCUCAGGAUCAUCUUUAAUCUCUUCCCGCCUGAUCUCCUAGCUAUAGGGCUGAAAUACUUGGGAGACGCCACAGCCACUCCCGAGGAUCCCGGGAUUAAGCUGUCCACGAUUGGCCAGUGCUCUCCGCGAAGCCCGGACUGCGUGAUGACGAUGGCGGGGAUCUACGUCUGGCUGCUCGUCCUGACGAUCGUCUAUUUCAUCCUGGCCGUCUAUUUGGACAACGUUCUCCCGGACGUGAACGGCAUCCGAAAGCCCUGCUUCUUCUUCCUCUACCCUUCCUUCUGGACCGGCCGAGCCUCGGGAGGGGAGCAUGGAGGACUCUUCUCGUGCUUCGGCAGGAAGGUUCCUGAGCUGGAUCCGAACGACCGCGCUGACGACGCUGACGUCAUCGAGGAGGAGGAGAAGGUGAAAGCAGCGGCAGCAGCAGCGGGAGGGGGGGAAGCUGCCAACGUGUCAGUGUCCGUUCGCGGCCUGGUGAAGACGUUCCCCGGGCGUACGGAGAUGAAACGGUGCUGCGUGAUUAAGAAGUCACCGGCGUUUCAUGCGGUGAAGGGGUCGUGGUUCGGCGUGGAGAAGGACAAGCUGUUCUGCCUGUUGGGACCCAAUGGCGCCGGGAAGAGUACCACCAUUCACUGCCUCACAGGCAUCAUCCCCACCACUGCUGGCGACGCACUUGUCCUGGGUUCGUCCAUCCGCGACCCAGGCAGCAUGGCGCGCAUACGGGGCAUCAUGGGCGUGUGCCCGCAGUUUGACAUCCUGUGGGACCGCCUGUCGGGCGCGGAGCACCUCUACCUCUUCGCGCGCAUCAAGGGGCUGCCCCCCGCGCACACGCACAAGGAGGUCGCGACCCUGCUGGAGGAGGUGCGGCUCACUGAGGCCCAGAAGAUGCGCACGCGUGCGUACAGCGGCGGCAUGAAGAGGAGACUGUCGGUGGCCGUGGCUCUCAUUGGAGACCCCAAGGUUGUCUACCUCGACGAGCCGACGACAGGCAUGGACCCGGUAUCCCGGCGCCACGUGUGGGACAUAGUGGAGCGUGCAAAGAAAGGGCGGGCCAUUGUGCUCACCACGCACUCCAUGGAGGAGGCGGACAUCCUGGGCGACCGCAUCGCCAUCAUGGCGCGCGGCCGCCUGCGCUGCAUCGGCACGUCCAUUCAUCUCAAGAACCGCUUUGGCGCCGGGUUUCUUGUCACUGUGGGGAUCGGGGCGAAGGGAGGGACGCCCUCGGCUGUGGAUUUGCAGGCGGACAAUGCUGCCAAGGCGGCUGUGGCUGAGAAGGCUUCUGCUGUGAAGGCGUACUUUAAGGAGAAGCUGGAUGUGGAGGCAUCAGAUGAAUCCAAGGGAUACGUCAAGUUCCUUGUGCCACGAGACAGGGAGCCCCAACUCACUGCUUUUUUCAAGGAGCUGAACGACAGCAGCAAGGAGUUGGGAAUCACCGACACACAGCUCUCCCUCUCCACCCUCGAAGAGGUCUUCCUCAACAUCGCCCGCCAAGCAGAGCUCGAAACCGCGCAAGCCGAAGGCCGGUUUGAAAACAUUGUUCUUACUAAUGGGUUGUCAGUCCAGGUGCCUGUGGGUGCUGAGCUCGUCUCGCUGCCGGCAACGGAAGAGUUUCCCCAGGGGAGCCUGAUUGAUGUGAGCUGGCAGCAGGAUGACACUGGGACGCUGAGGAUUUCGAAGUUUUCGGAGCAGAGGGAGACGACUGCUGAGGCUGCGGCAGAUGCGGUGCCUGCGAGGUGGGGGAAGAGUGGAGCGGAAAAGAGCUUUUGGGCUAGGAUGUGCGGGUGUUGUUCAUAA